CGGUAGCGGAAGAGACGUGGCAAAAAUGCAACUGAGGAAAUGCUAACAAAAUAUUGAGGAAAACAUCUGUUGGGCUUGAUAUUGAUAUACACAUCACUGCGUGUCGAUCAGUAUUUUCAUCGAUAUCUUCAGUUUGACAGGCAGACCAUGGGUUUGUGCAAAUGCCCCAAGAGGAAGGUAACGAACCUGUUCUGCUUUGAACAUCGUGUAAACGUGUGUGAGCAUUGCCUUGUGUCCAAUCACAAUAAGUGUAUUGUGCAGUCAUACCUACAGUGGCUACAGGACAGCGAUUACAACCCCAACUGCAGCCUGUGUAGUCAACCCUUAAAUUCUCAGGAUACUGUGCGACUGGUUUGUUAUGAUUUGUUCCACUGGUCAUGUUUAAAUGAGCUGGCGUCUCGUCAGCCCCUCUACAUGGCGCCUGCUGGGUACCAGUGCCCGACAUGCCAGGGUCCUGUGUUCCCACCCCCAAACCUGGCCAGUCCUAUUGCCGACAUGCUGAGAGAACAACUGUCCUCUGUCAACUGGGCGAGAGCAGGACUUGGCCUUCCGCUGAUUGAGGACCCACCAGAAAGGGAAGAAACCUCAUCAACACAAGAUGUAACGUGUUACUCCGACUGGAAAACUUUUGAAACCCCUGCAGUGGACAUGGCGAUCUCAGAUCCCUCCUCUACCAGUCUACCGCCCCAUCAGGAUAUGGAGCACAUCCACCAUGUCCACAAUAAUGGCGAGCUGAGUGUCCAGAAUCACUCAGUCAUUAAUAUGAGCACCACCUCCACCACUGACACAAUAACUAUCAACAAAGCUACUUCCCCAAGGAAGGUGUAUGACACACGGGAUUCUGGAAACACAGCAGUCAUGCAGGUUGACUUUGACGAUGAUAAAUACCGCAGACGACCGGCCCUUAGCUGGUUUGCCCAGGUCCUAAAGAAUCGCACAGGCACUAAGAAAAAGGCCCUUACACUGAAGCAGCGAAUCUUCAUGCUGUUGUUGGUCGGAGUGAUUGGUUUCUUCACACUCAUCAUCAUCAUGGCCAAACUGGGGCGAGCCUCUGCUGAGGGAGACCCGAACCUGGAUCCCAUGAUGAAUCCCAACAUCCGUGUAGGCAACAUGUGACCGAUCCCCUUCCCAUUUAGACUCAGUGUUUGGAUUCUGCAGUUUGGCUUUACUGGGAAAACAUGAACUGGAAGUUCUGGAGAGAGAAAGUUCCUUAGGAUGCUGGAACCAGCGUGAACAUGCCUCCCUUUGGACUGUGGGAGGAGAGCGUGACUUACCAGUCUACAUGAGAGAAGAGAGAUGCCAGAAAGCUAGUGCAAAGGCUGUUAUACAACUAUUCUCGUUCCUCUUGAGUGAGAUGAUAUAGGCUCUAUAGGUGUUUCGUUUCAGUUCUGAAAUCCUCUUCUCGAACAUUGGGAUAGCCGAUUUGCAGUGAGUGUGGAUGUUUUGCAGUCAAUCCUUUAAUUCUUCCUUACAUGCACAGAAUUCAUUGGGAUCAUUCAACGGAAGUGAACAGGAGAAGGAGGGUAAUUCCUUCUCUGAGAAAAUAUGGACAUGUGAAGUGACAAAAAUGUUAAUUUUUAGUUGAUUGCGUUUUACUAAUGGCAGAUUCAGUUACCAGACUUGUGAAAGGUGCUCUACAGAUUUUUUUCUUGCGUGCGGAUGACUAAAACCGAUUUACUAAAGCAUUUAGAGAACGGUUGGUUGAUUUCUUAUUCACUAAAUCAAAUUACUUUAAGGAUAUUAAUAUAUGCUAAAUGCUUUAGUAGAUACAACCCGAUAGAUGCAGAUGCAAACUGUACACAAGAUGAUUCCAAUGGAGAAACAACCAGGUCAUAUUUUAGUCCAAAAUAAAAAGGAAUUAUAUUUUGUUAAAUAAAACAGAAUCCAGUUUUUUAGAACCACGACAACUGAACAAAUUUUCUUCCCAAAUUCUCAUGAAUGUUAUGUGAGAAAAUCUCAUUCUCAGUUGUAAUACAAUAAUGAAUAUCAUACUGUCGAGAGUUUUUAUAAAAAUUAGCAUUAAUUAAAAGCAGUACAGCAAAUACAACCUUAUGUAUUUUGUCUAUGUACUUUACAGAUAUAAGACAGAUUUUUCACAUUAGAGUAGGCUACUGACAGUUUGGGGAGGGAGGACAUUUUUUUUCUUUGUAUUUUUGGGAAAGUAUGACACAGGCAGUUCUUGACUUUUGUUUUUUUUUUUUGAGAAAGGGAUUCAAUCAGACAGCCUUUAUGUACUAUAGAAGCAUGUACAGUGUGAUGUAAUCCUUCACAUCUGAUACCCAAAGCUCAAGUUUAUCCAGAGUUACACACUGAUAUGCGGUUCAUCACACUUAGAUUUUAGUGUGAACUUUUAUUUACCAUUAACUUCCUUUACAUCACAAGAAAAUGGUGAUUUAUGUUUUUUUCCCCAACUGAUAUUCCCUAUUGGAGUGCAAUAAUGCAAUAGGUCAUCUGUUUUUGGCACACUACAUGCUUAUAGCUUUCUGCUCUGUAUAGUUUCUCACCUUGUCGUAAUGUACACAAUAUAUACACGAUAUAUAAAAUAAGACUCAUUCUGACUUUUUUGGUAUGAAUAUCAUUUACAAUUCAAAGGUUUCACUGUAAUAGUUUUCACUGUAAUAAUCUUUCCCUGGUUGUUGUUGACAGCCAGUAGCACAUCUUGAGCUGCCAUUGGUGGCAGGUGAUGGCAGGAAGUGACCUGUUAACAGGUGAGUAACAGGAGGUGAUCUGCUAUUGGCAGGUGGCAAUAUAUAAUGUGCAGGAGGUGACAUGGCAGACCAAAGCCUUGCCAGUGCAGUGAAAUUCCGUGGGCACUUUCCCAUUUAACUGGGGUGAAUAAAGGGCAAAUUCUAAAUGUAUACAUUUUGAGGUUAUGGAUAUUUUGAGGCUUUAUGCUGCAUUUCAAUAUGCAUUUUAAUAUUUCUUAUUUUACUGGAGGGAGUCUGGGUGUAAGGCCAUUUGGUGAGGAUGUGUGAAAUUAAUAAAUAUAUUUAAAUAUGAUGUGAAUAUAACUGAAAACAUUGUAUUAUUAUGAAAUGAAAUAUCAGUUAUUAAAAUUGUGUCUAAAAAACAGUUAUUCCUCAUAAUGUAGUCUUUAUUAAUUUGUCUUACAUG